CACCGAGGAACGACAAUAACCGUCGAAGAAGAAGGAGGAGGAGAACAACAUGGCGUCUGUCAACAGUAGUGAGUGGAGAGCUAUCUGCGACAAAUUCACCAACGCCCAAAAUCUCACUGAUGUGGAAUCCCGAAAUGACCCAGAAAACGACCCGUACCGCUCGAAGUACAAAGCCAGGGAGCUGCUCAGAGAGAUUUACUGCUCGCUAAAGAGCUUCGAGGCCGGUGAGGGUGAGGAGGAGAGUGGCGGAGAGAGCGGCGAGCAGCGGCCGGUAGAGCCGCCUGAGAGCGGGCAGGCGGAUGACGGGUUCGGUCAGGGCUUCAGCGGAGACACGCCUGAGGGGCAGCGAGCCGCCAAACUCGGAGCCGUCGAGUAUUAUUUGGGCGUCAACCAUGUCGAUACAGAGGAGCUGUCAGCCGGGCAAGAGCAUCUGAUGAACUGUCUGAAACAGCUGGAAACAUGCAGAGUGUCCCCCGAAAAUGUGUCGUUGUUCAUCCACGUCAGGGUAAACCAAACAAUAACUCUGAUAAUGCUCGAAAACACUGUCAGCAGAUAAACAGAAGAUGUAUUUGAUAGUUAUGUUUGAGCUGAGAUGCUGGUGGGAAUUAUACAACAACCUUAGACUGUGAUAUGACACAAAACCUGUCGUGUCAUUCCCAAAUCUACACAAAUAAGAGAAUUGUUACCAUAGCAAUUUAAUGGAGAACAACAGUCAAGUCUACUCACUAAAAAUGGUUUUGUAUGGGCUGUGACAUUUUUCAUUUAAAGCUCAGAAAGCAUUGCUGGUCCAUGGAAAAGUAAAUUUGUGCCAUUACUAUCGGCUAACACACACCAACUACAACUGGGCAGUCUAACACAGUCCAAUACAAAACUAAUACAUUUCCAGUUUCUGUUGAUGUGGUCAUUCAGGGGAUUAUUGUUAAAGCUGUAGUGUGUGUAAGUUAUGUACGAGGGUGCAUUACAUUGAGAGGUGUCCCUCAUAAUACCAGACUGUGAUAAUGACUUCCUCAUCUAUAUUCCUGUGUGUUUUAUCAGAACCAGUUGGGCAUCCUUUGGGCCGGCCGGGAUGAGACAGAGACGGCUCAGGGUUUCCUUGAAACAGCUGAAUCUGUUUACCAGCGUUACAUGAAGGAGGUAAGCAUGUUGUCUUGUCGAGUAUUUACAUUGAGCUGAUGUAAGGUCAGACCAUAGACUGUAUAUAAGAUGGAUAUAUCUUAUAUACAGUCUAUGGAUCAGACAGUUUGGCACAAGAAAACCAUCAAUGCUGUAAGAGGAGCGGAUUUCACACUUUUUUUUUCCUUUGCAAGUAGCUGUCCGGCCAUUUCUCAAGUUUACCAUGACGCUGUUUCCCCCGUCAAGCGAAUCUCACCAGACAAUCGUCUGAUUGUGUGUAAUUUGUCCCAGCAUCAAUGAGGUCACACGCUGAAAUUUACCAUCAGUCAGGCACAAAGACUGUGGGUCAAUUGUGUUUUAGAGGAAGUUGUUAUUGCAAUUUUCUUUAUUUUUGAAGGUCCUUGAUUAGUGUUAAAAUGGAUUCUUAAAAUUAGGAUGAAGUAUGAAUAUCUUGCGGAAAACAAGUAUUGGAGCAACUGCCUAAUUGAACUGAGAAGGAUGAGCAAAAAAUUGCCACAAAUGAAAUCAUCUUGUUACUCAAAAAGACUUGUUUUUUUGUUUGUUUUGUUUUGGGGUUUUUUUUCAGGAUGGGAGUCCACCCACUGAUAUGACAGAGUACUUCACCUCUGAGGAGAAGUUGCUGACACAUCAGGAAAGGACUCGGAGGUAACUUAAAAUCAUUUUUUUUCCCUUAUCAUGCUACUUAUGCAAGGUUUAAAUCAUAGUGAAGAAGAAUUGAGCCAGCUCUGGCUUCAAGUUUUAUCGUUGUGUUAAUACUCUUGCUUUCCCAUUUUAGUGUUCUCCAUUUUAAUCCUUGAUAAAUAUUCCUGUGUUAGGUUUGAGAUGGCUUACACUCACACCUUGUACUACCUCGCUCAAGUGUAUAAAAAUCUUGGUAAGUCUUAUCUUUGUCCUUUAGUUAAGGAAAUAGUAGUGUUGUUGUUGCUAUCAUCAGCAUUCACAGAUAUCUUGUGAAGAGUUUGCUUCAUCCCUAUUAAAUUUAAAGUUAUAAUGAAACCUAUUCCUCAAAUUGAAACACUGCUUCAGACUGCAUCUUGUUCUUGGAAAAUAUAGCUACAUUUUGUCUUGCAGGUCAAAAUGAGCGAGCUGCCACAUACUGCCACAGCACUUUGCAGAGACAGUUACAGUUUAAUCAGUUUAGUCCAAUAGAGUGGGCUCUGAAUGCUGCUACGUUAUCACAGUACUACAUCACUAAGGUAAGGCAUUGUUUAAUUUAAGCUGACUGAGAGCUUUUUUUUCCCAUGUGACACCAUUUCAUUCAGCAUUUUAUUGAUAAAGAUAUGUUAAUCAGUUGGAAAAAGAGGCGUUACUUCACAGCCUUUACCAGUCCUUCUUUCCUAUUCGGCUUUACUGAAAUUGUACAUUUCAUUUCACAUGAAAGGGGAUCAGAUACCAAGAAGUUUAAUAGAAAUGAUGAAACUCACUUGAGGUCAUCAGUGACUAUUAGCCAAACUUACUCAGUUCUUUUUUUUAUGAUGAUUAGGGUAACUGGCUGUGCAAUAGUUGUACAUGUGUGGUGAUUUUUUUAGGGCCGUUACAUGGAGGGCAGACAUUGUCUUGCUGCAGCCACCGUCAUAUCAGGUUUGGCUGGAGAAAUUCCUUCUGAGGCUGCAGCACAGGAGAGUAAGUUUGAAUUUUCACCUUUAAUUGAUAUGCACAUCAAAACAGGCCUACAGGGUUUUUUUAUGUGUUCUACCCAAAUCAACUUUAGUAAGAAAAAAAUAACACAUCCAUAUCACAUAAAAUCUUGUCCUCGUCCUUUUUGUCUGCUUCUACUCCUCACCCGACUCAGAUGAGACAGAGAGGGAUCGCAGGGAACAGCUCAGAGAGAAGAGAGCAGAGAUUGCAAGAUGUUGGAUCAAAUACUGUCUCAAUGUCCUGCAAGAUGCUAAGAAGCAACUAGAGGUAUGUCAUGGGUGUAUUUGUGGCUGUGGGUGCUUGUAAAAUCUCACUACUCAAGUGAAUACUGCACACAUGAGCAGGAAGAUCCACUAUGGUGGGAAGAUUAAGCAUCACUUAAAGUAACCUUAACUACAUCUACAAAACCUUAACCUUAAACAGAGACGAUGCCAGAGUAAAAAUAUCAUCAGAAAUUAUUCAUACUAUUACUUUUACAGAAAAAAUGUGCUUUCAUUUACCCAUAUUUAUUACAGCCAAUACUUGACCUUAUGUUACCCUUGUUGAGGAAGGUCCAACAGUGUGCAGAAGCCCAUUGUAGCCUUUUAAGUCCUGCUGGUGGACUGCAAAAGAUUAGAAAUGUGGAAAUAAGUCUUAAUUAUCAAAGUUGCUUGAGUAAUGUUGCUCAAAACUGUUCCAUUGAUGCUUUUUUCUACAUUAACAUAUGUGCAGUUUCUCCUAGAGGUUUUCUGCUAUAAAAUUAAAAUGUCUUGGGAAAUACAUAAUCCCAGUAUCAUGUGUUGGUCUCAGAUGUGCGAUUAAAAGUUCGGGACAGUCCGAUACAGUUUAUUUAUUUUUAGACUAAAUUAGCCUGAAGCAUUAGAUGUUCCAUCUGUGGUUUCUUUUAACUCAAGUUUUUGUCAAACGUCACAUAAGCCCCUUUCAUACUUGUGAGAGAGGACUCAGCUGUAUAGCUCAGAGCUACACAGUUGUUCUGUGUGUCUGUUUGUGUCUUUAGAUGUCUUGUGCAUGUGUUUUUUAACCAGGACAACAUAGGAGAGCUGGAUACUGAUCGUCAAGAGGAGUUGAAAAGAGCAAGAAGACAGGAGGAGGAUGAGGAAGAGAAGGAGAGGAAGAGUGCUCUGCUGUUUGGCUCUGAGGACACAUUUGACUCCAUUGCUAGCCUGGAAGAGAAGGUUAUUGUACAAGACAUGGUUCUUGUUAUUAAAUAAUGUUGUUAGUGUUGUUACUGAUAAGCAAACAUCACUUUUCACUUUACAUGGGUAGCAGCAGAAAUGAUUUCCUUUAUUGACGAUACUUUCUGAUAGUUGUUUUUUAAUUCCAAGUUAAAAUUAAACAGCAUUUCAACCCAACACGCUGCAUGCUAAAAGAAUAACUAUUUAAGAAUAGCUACAAGAUGACAGUGUUGUUAGAGUUUACAUGAAAAAAAAUGAAUCCAGCUGUCUGCUUUGUGUUUCCAAGGUGAGCUGUUUGUUCCCACUGGACUUUACUGAAGCGAGAGCUGUUUUUCUGGUGGGACAGAAUUAUGUCGCACAGGUAUGCAAAAGACUGACACAAAUACACAAGCACACACGAGUUAUAGAAUGAAACACCAAGACACUGAAGGGACAUAUCAAGAAAAAAAAACUUACUGGACAUAGGUGACUGUUAGUGAAAUCCUCUGAGAUAUUAGAGUCCUAUGUAUGAAUUUCAAAAAGCAAAUCUACAUCAGGAUGUGAUUUCACAGGGUGAUAUUAGUUUAAGAUGUCUUCCUGACAUAUAUGGCAUAGUUUAUAAUACAUUUGGGCAAAGUCAAUCAUUUGUCCCUUAAUGUCGACAUUUGAGUUUACAUUUUCAACAUAUCCUCAAACAUUACACACAUAGUAAUUAGUUUCUGUUGACAAACAUGGUGAAUUGUUGCUCCAUAUCCUUCAAUCGCUCUUCAGGCUAAAGAACACUUCCAGAUGGAUGGCUACGUGACAGACCACAUAGAGAUCCUACAGGAUCAUAGUUCUCUCUUUAGGGCCCUGGCUUUCUUUGAAGAGGACCUUGAGCGACGCUGCAAAAUGCACAAACGACGAGUGGACAUGCUUGAGCCAGUAUUUAAUGGUAAUGUGCUUAAAACUAAAACGACUUGUAAGUUUUCAUCCUGAACAUCCAAGCAAGAAAGCUCAGCUGUUUUAUCUUUCCCUGUCUCUUUUCCUCCUCAGAUCUGAACAGCCAGUAUUUCCUUAUGAUCCGCAGACAGCUCAUGUUUGAGUUGGCUGAGACCUACAAUGAAAUGAUGGACCUCAAACUGACUCUGGCGAACAGACAAGCAGAUACACAGUCUCUAGACAACCACACUAUUAAGAAAUUCAACCAUCUCUGCUCUGCCUCUGCUAAGUGAGUGUUAGCCCAUGCUCCAGCUGGUUUUUGUCUCUUUGUGUCUCUGUGAGUUUUAUUUAAACAAAAUCCUCUGCAGGUUCUUCCAGAUGUUCUUGGACUCUCUGCGCUCUCCAGAGGGGAAGGCCCCGGAGCAUCUGGAGGAGGAGGUGCUGAGACCUGCUCUUGUGGCCCGUUUCAGAGUGGCCCGACUUCACAGCCGUUUGAUCAGCUCUGUGCCGUCUGUUCAGCUUGAAAACCUCAACAAGGCUCUGGAAAAUUACAAGUAAGUGUUUGUUCGACGUAUUUGGUCAUUUGAGGGGAUUCAUCUCAACAGUUAAGAGGUUGAAAGAUGUGCUUUCAGUAGAAGCAGGCUACUGGUGAUUACUUUAGUGCCCCCAAGUGGGUGAUGAAGUUAUUGCAGGCAGGCACCAAGUGAUCAUUUACAGAGGACAUUAAAUUUUAUUCAGUUUAUUAUAGGGUAGUUUGUGCUGCUAUACUAUUUUUUCAAGUUUUUCAUGACAGUACAUCCACACUGAAUGUUGUCUAUAAAAUGAAAAGUUAUUGGGAAAUACUGUACCUCAAUUUAUGUUCAAGUGUAGUGAAAAUUGUGAAAUUAAAGGUUUGGUUAAUACUCCUGAUAUUAUAUCAUUAUAUAAUUUAAACAGAUAAAAAAAAUAACAGAUAAAAUCUUGGCCAGGGCAAUCCUUCAAAAGAGUUUGUUUUUUUUCCUUUUUUUUUAUCUCAAUGAAGAUUUCCUGGUUCAAUGAAAUAACGAUUAAAUAAUAAUAAAAUAAACAAUGCUAAUAAAGAGGAGUCAUACUGGUUUCACUGAUGGAAUAAAAAGCAUUUCUGAGAAACAUCUGGUAAAUAAAAUUUAGAUGUUGCUCUGCAGUCUGCAGCUUCCUCUUUGCUAUGUAUUUUAUCUGUGUAACAUGUUGACAGUCUCUUUCAACCUCCAUCAACCUGUUUUCUAGAUAUGUGGUGCAGUACUGUGAAACUCACCCUGAAGCUGCCGCUGCGGUGGCAACAGAGCUGGAGCUGAGCACAGAGAUGGUCGGCCUGCUUCCUCUGAAGAUCAACCGCCUAAAGGCAAGGAUGGCCUCAAACAACUGAAGGAUUCCACUUCUCACUAACCAACUACUAGUAGUAACGGUGACCACAUGAGGCAGACAGUAUCAGUUUAACACCUUACAGUCAGCGGAGUCUCCUCACACUUAGAGAAACUGGAUGCCUGUCACUAAUUUGUCUGUCCUGCUUAUUUGGUGCACUUGAAUGCAUCAUGCGCUGUUUAUACGCGCCGUCUUCUGUGUAGUAAAAUAUAAACUCAGAGCAGAAAUCACUCUUCAAAUUAAAAGAAAAGUCCAGUGAGAGUCUUUCUUGUUUUCUACUGUUAAUCACAUUGGUUUCUAUUUUGUGACUUUAUUUUUUUAAAGCAUGUCAAGUUUUGUCUCUCGUGGUGGAAAAAAAUGGCCUGUUGUAACCAGGGUUUGUGUUACCAUGGCACUUACAAUAGGAAGCCUUUGGUAUAGAGAGGAGAGUAAUUCAGUGCAAAUCAGAAACCUUUGAAAUGUCAGAAACAGCCUUACUUUUGUUUAAAGUUGCUUUGACCAAACUGGUGCUUGUUUACGAGUCAUCUUAAUCUGCAUGAUGCUAGCCUCUUCCACAUGAAUCCCUGUAUUUUCUUCCUGUCUCUGAAGAAUUACAAUAUGAUGCUGUUCAUGUAUUGUAGAUACUGUAUGUUAUAAUAAUAAUAAACUAAGGAUAUUAAGCACUUAAGUAACAACAAGAAUCUGUGAUUUUUGUUGCCUUUUGAUACAGG